UUCUCAUCCUUUCAGACCACUAGAUAGACUUAACUUAAUAAAACGGCUUAUAAAAAAGAGAGUGUAAGGAGUUCGCCCUAGGAAACCUCUCAGGCCCGAAUCCUGAUGUGCGCCACUUGGAUGGAUCUCCUCCGCUCUGCCUAGCUCUCCACCCCCUGAAGCAGUUCCUCCCCUCCUUCGUGAUGAUGAUGGUGACUGCUCCUCUCUGUCCGCUGUCCAGGCCUCUUCCUCCGCUGUGGCCCCGGCCUCCUCCAGAUCCACCGCCGUACCAGGAGCCCGAUGGAUCUCCUCCGCUCCUCCACCCCCUCCACCUCCGCCUAGCUCUCCACCCUCUGAAGCAGUCUCUCCCCCCCUCCGUGUUGAUGAUGGGGUCUGCUCCUCGUUCGCUGGCGUUUCCCUCUACCGUCCUUCCGCCAGAACCACCGGGCCUUCCGGAUAUACCUACGGCGUUUGUCCUUUUUCGCUUCUACUUCACCUCUACCAGUAUCUCUCAAGCCAAGACCCGAAUAUCAGAUCUCGAUUUUCCAACUCCGACGCUUGAGUCUUAAAGCUGCGACGCUCCCAUACCAUCUCCUCGUGCUUUUACCCAGAUCUCAAUUCUUAAGCCUCUACCCAAGAUGGCUAUAAAGACUGGUGAUGGUGAUGGUGAUGGUCUCCUAGUGUCUACAAGUGACACUCUGUUCGCCUACGAGCUCCAUUCUCCUGUGAUAUACAGGUUUAUAUUGGGUUGUGUCGAUGACAUUCCCUUCGCCUACGGGCUUUUUUCUCCUGUGAUAUACAGGUUACUACUACUAUUUGGGGGUGUUGACUGGCCUUCAAUCAGGUCUUGUUUCGACCUCCCUACCACUCUUCCUUUUGAGGUAGAAGAAAAAAUCAUAGUCACUCUUACUCCGAUGAAUAUGGAUGGUGCGGGUUAUGAUUUCCCGCUUGUCCCUCAUCUGAAUCAGUCUUAUCUCCUAAUAUUUCCUCCUAUAGAGAGUGAAAUGGAUGAACAAGCUUCGUUGGUAUUGCAAGGAUUUUCCUCCCUUCGAAUGCUCUUCUCUGCGUAUGGUGCAGUGGGUGUGAUCUCACGGGUUACACUAGAUGCGGUCUUGGAAGAAGCUUAUGAUGUUGUGAUACGAUUUCAUUUGGUUUCUGUUUGGGACUUGUAUCACCUUUCUGUUUGGUUUCUGUUUCCUAUUUUCAUGUUGUUGUUGUGUUUAGUUUGGCUGUCAAUAAUCUAGUUAUUGUUGUUAGUUUGGC